AUGUGUUUAUUACUGGGUACAACCGGUGUUGGAAAGACGCUGUUACUGAAACGCUUACAGAAGCUCUGUCAGAGAGAUGUGCCGACGGAGUUGGGUGAACCGCCAGUCACAUUGCCCACAGUUGGCACCAACCUCACAGACCUUACUCUGAAGAAGAAGAAGAUGACAGUUAGAGAGUUGGGAGGUUGUAUGGGCCCCAUAUGGCACAGUUACUACAAAGACUGUUCCUCUGUCAUUUUCGUGGUGGAUUCUGCAAACAUCAUGCAAAUAUCAUCUUCCUGUAUUCAACUUUUAUCUGUUCUUUCUGCUGAGCCUCUUCAAAAUGCUUCUGUCCUUGUGCUCUUCAAUAAAAGGGAUCUUCCUUGCACUAUGUCUCUUGUGGAGAUGAAAGCAGUGUUCAGGAUUGAUGACAUAAUAGCAUCUGCCCCUCAAAAGAUUACCACAUUUGAGGUUAGUGCACGCUCUGGACAUGGACUCCAGCAUGUGUUAAACUGGCUUGAUUCAAUUCAAACGGACUGACAUGACUUUGCCUAUCAUGAUAUAACAGAUGUGUGCGUCAAGUGCACCACCCAAAGGAACCAGCUUGUAGUCACUGAAAGGAAGGGUGGGGGCAUUGUCCGUA